UAGAAGAGAUAACACCAUGGACACCACAGAGCUGUGCAUCUUGCUAUGUUAAACCAGAAAAAGAGAGCACACGUACACAAUUAAGGGAAAAGAGGAAGGAAGCUAGCCAUAGAGAUGGCGGCUGAGGCGCUGGUGAGCGUCUCCACAGGGGUGAUGAACUCUGUCUUAGAGAAGCUAGCCACUUUAAUGGGGGAGGAGUACACAAAGCACAAGAGCAUGCAGCGAGAGGUGGCGUUUCUCAAGGAUGAGCUCAGCAGCAUCGAUGCAGUCCUCAAGAAGCUCGAGAACAUGGAAGAGGAACUGGAUCCACAGACCAGGGAGUGGAAGAACCAGGUGAUGGAAAUGGCGUUCCACAUCGAGGACUGCAUCGACGACUUUAUGCACGAAUCUGGUGAGGAUUCUAACAGAGGAGGUGUUGGCUUUGUUGGCAAAAUUGCUCAGUACAUCAACGCGUUGAGGACGCGUCACCAAUUCGCCAACCAAAUCCAGCAGCUGAAGACGUGGGUCAAAGAUGUGAGCGAACGUCGGAAAAGGAUGAUCACAAAACUUAAGAUGCCAGAACCAACCCACACCGACGAGGUACAAGAUCUCAUUGACAGCAUCAGAGAAUAUAUAAGAGAAAAAAAGGUACUUUUUCAUCAUUGAUGAUAUAUGGGACGAAUCAGUAUGGGAAAUUAUCCGUUGUGCAUUUCCAGAUAACCAACGAGGUAGCAAGGUAAUCACAACCACGAGAAUUGAGACAGUAGCUAAUGCAACCUGCAACUAUCGGCGUGAAUUCAUUUACAAGAUGAGUCCUCUUGAUGACCAAAACUCAAGAAAAUUAUUUUUCAGUAGAGUUGGACAGAUUGAUCUUCAGCCAUUAGAUGAGAUUUCGAAUGAAAUUCUACAAAAAUGUGGUGGUCUCCC